UGAAAAGUGGGGCAAGUAUUUAAAAAUGGAGGGAGUAUUAAGCAAUAAUCCGAAAAAAUCUUGUUUUAAUCAUCUCAAUGUAAAUCUUAUUAAUAUUUAAUUUUUUUAAUAAAUUUUUCAUAUUGAUAAUUAUAGACAUUUAAUUUUAAAAUUGUGUAUGGUAAAAUGAUAUAAGAAACUUGUCAACUAAAAAAAAAAUAGAGGAUAUGUAUAAACUUAAAAUAUAUAAAAUGAUCCAUAAUGGAAAAAGUAAGCCUCAAAAGUUGGUCAUGCGAAUCAUAUUCUGCUUAUUGUAGUACUAUAGCUUAAUGAUGUUAUUACCACCAAUAUUUAAGAAAGCAAACUAAAGUCACACACAACAAAACUUAACACUACGUAAAAUAAUCAUAUAUGGCAGAAGAAAACACUCCUGUUCUCACCCUGAAUGUAGAACCUUCUAUAACUAACGAAAACACAAUAAAUAAUGAUGUAACAAACACAAUAACAGAGCUUACAGUAGAAGAAGUGAUUGAAAAUUAUGUGGGUUCAUUCGGAUACUCGCAAAUAAUACAAGCAUUUUUGGUAUCAUUGGCAUGGAUGUUUGAUGCUCAGAGUAUUCUGGUCACCAUCUUCAGCGACGCCGAACCCGAAAGAUGGAGAUGCAAGCCAAAUCAUAUGUGUAAUGGGUUGCAAAGUGGUAAGGGGAUAUCAGUAUGUGGGCUUGAACCAGAUAGUUGGGUGUGGGAAGGUGGAAGACAUAGUACAAUAUUAGUUGAAUGGGGACUUGUUUGCAACCAUAAGUUUCUUGCUGCUCUUCCUGCUUCUUGCUUUUUCCUUGGCUCUCUCAUAGGUUCAGCAAUAUACGGACAUUUAGCUGAUUCAUUCCUAGGAAGAAAGAAGACCUUAAUACUAGCAUGCUUGCUAACCGCCAUUACUGCACUCCUUACCUCUUUCUCACCAAACAUAUGGACUUACGCCGUUCUUCGUUUCAUCAAUGGCUUAACUCGGUCCGGGAUUGGAAUAUGUUGUUUAGUCCUUGCAACCGAAGUUGUUGGUCGAAAAUGGCGUGGUCAAGUAGGUCAAUAUGGUUUUCUCUUCUUCACUUUAGGGUUCCUCUCCCUUCCUCUUAUAGCAUUCUACACAAAAUCUUGUUGGAGAUCUCUCUAUCGGGUUCUUUCGAUCGUUGUCUUCGUAUACUCCAUUGUCGUACUCCCUUUUAUUUUAGAAUCACCUCGUUGGCUUCUAAUACGAGGAAGGAAAACGGAAGCUCACUCAAUUUUGACAAAGUUAGCUACUCGAAAUGGGAGAACUCUUCCUACAAACAUUCAACUAACAGACCCGUGUUUUUCGAAAAAUGAUCCUAGCAAAAAUAUAAGCCUGUGGGAGUGUAAAUGGGCAAGGAUAAGGAUCAUUCUAGCAAUGAUAGUAGGAUUCGGGGUUGGAUAUGUGUAUUAUGCAGUUCAAUUGAACGUCGAAAACUUGAAUUUUUCCAAGUAUUUGAGUGUUGCCAUAAAUGCAUUGUUGGAAAUUCCUGCUGUCUUUAUAGGGAGCUUCCUUCUUGUUUUCAUGAAUCGCCGCCUGCUGCUUUCACUUUCGUGUAUUCUUGCAGGGAGUUCAUGUUUACUUUGCAUCAUCUUCACCAAUGGUAUGAUUUUAUUAUAUCAUGUUCAACAUAAUAUAUAUACUUGCACUAUAGGGAAUUGGAUACAACUAGGGAUUGAAGGAUUUGGAUUCAUGGCUGCAUCGGUUGCUUUCGAUAUUACAUUUGUGUACUGCAUUGAGCUAUUUCCAACAAAUGUGAGGAACUUUGCUGUUUCAUUGAUGCGUCAAGCGUUGGUUCUAGGGGAUGCGGUGGCGCCUUUGUUGGUGGUUCUUGGGCGAUUAAGCACUACAUUUUCAUUUAUGGUGAUCGGAGGAUUAUCUAUUCUAAGUGGAUUAGUGAGCUUGUGGCUUCCAGAAACUAAAAAUACUCCACUUUUUGACACUUUGGAGCAACAAGAAAAGGAAGAGAAGUUAGGUAGUCAUGAAAUAAGUUCACCAUGAGAUAAACCUAAUGUGGUGUUGUAGUAAUUAAUGCCUUUUGAUAGUGUGCGAGA